AAAAAAUUAUAACAUGUAACUAUAUAAUAUAUGCUACAAACUUAAAUCAUAGAUUUAAUUAAAAGCAAAUUUUUUAUGACUCAGGUUACAACACAGGAUGGCUUCAUCCUGAGCUUGCAGAGAUUACCGGCAGGGCGGUCCGGCGAGAGAGCAAACAAACCACCUGUGGUAGUACAACAUGGUCUCUUUUCUGAUGCUGUAAUAUGGCUGUUCAAUUCUCCAGAAGAAUCAUUGGGAUUUAUUUUAGCAGAUAGUGGAUUUGAUGUGUGGCUUUUCAAUGGUCGCGGCACAAAAUAUAGCACCAUGCACACAUCAUUAACUCCUAAUGACAAGGCUUAUUGGGAUUGGUCAUGGGAUGAAUUAGCUAGUUAUGAUCUUCCUGCUUCAGUUGAAUAUGUUUACAACUAUACUGGUCAAAAAAUGCACUAUGCAGGUCAUUCUCAAGGAACUUUAAUGGCUUUUGCUGCUUUAUCACAAGGACAACUCCUAGAUAUGUUGAGAUCAGUUGCAUUACUUAGUCCAAUUGCUCAUAUGAAUCAAAUUUCUUCAAUUGGAACAAAACUUGCUGCUGACUUAUUUAUAGCUAAUGAUAUAUAUUGGUUAGGCAUCCGCGAAUUCAAUCCUAAUGUGUAA